AUGUCUCGCCAAGCACGCCAUGUCACGUGUCUUGGCGGCUCGCUAAAAGCCACGACGCCUGGCACCGGAGGUCACAAGAUGAAGAUGAAGAUGAUGAUUGCUUCAAACGGCCAUGCAGCGUUGACGUCUGGCUUGACACUGCCCACGUCGCACAUGGACGAGCAAACCAAGGCAGGCUGGAGAAGUGACCCACUCGAACCGAUUGGCCCGUGGCCUUGCGUACUCCACGUACAGUACAGGAUUAUUGUAUUGUCGCAGUACUUUUCUUCGCCUAGCCAUGCAUCUCUUGGCUGGCCAACCUGUCAAGGGUCAUCUGCCACAGUUGGAAGCCUAGCAUGGCUCCCUGGAUGCUCUGCACUCGUGCCUGAACGGGCUGCAGGCCUGAAGCAAGCAACUGCCCUGCUACCGCGCGGUCAAGAGGGUGUGAGACGAUCAUCGCUUGCUUACCGCGCUGCCUUUUCCAAGCUGAAGUGCGCCAAGUAUCGUCGUUCCUGCACAAGCCGGGUUGCUGCCGUGACAUCUCAGGCGAACCGGUCACGCGCAAGGUUUCGGUCGUAG